GCAGUGGCAGCUAAGCCCAGUUCAUCUGCCACUCACCGGCCAAGGCCUGGAGAACAGGAGAGGAAGAAGCGUGGCCUCGCUUCCUCUCUGAGGAUGGAGCCCCAUAGUCACUCCGGAAAGAGCCGGAAAUCCACAAAAUUUCGCUCCAUUUCCCGUUCCCUGAUCCUCUGUAAUGCCAAGACCAGUGAUGACGGCUCUAGCCCUGAUGAGAAGUACCCCGACCCUUUUGAGACUUCACUGUGCCAAGGCAAGGAGGGUUUCUUUCACUCCUCCGUGCAGCUGGCAGACACAUCCGAGGCUGGGCUCAGCAACAUACCAGACCUGGCAUUGGCCUCAGAGGCUGCUCAACUCCAAGCAGCUGGGAGCGAUCGAGGCAAGCACUGCAGGAAGAUGUUCUUCAUGAAGGAAUCUUCUACAACUUUCUCUAAAGAAAAGACUGGAAAACCAGAAGCACAAAGUAGCAACUUCCUGUUCCCUAAAGCCUGCCACCAAAGGACACGCAGCAACUCCACCAGUGUUAAUCCCUACAGUGCAGGAGAAAUUGAUUUUCCAAUGACGAAGAAAUCUUCAGCUCCCACCGACAGGCAGCCCUACUCUCUCUGUAGCAACAGGAAGUCCCUCUCUCAACAGCUGGACUACCCAGUUUUGGGCACUGUAAGACCAACUCGGUCAUUGAGCACAGCUCAGCUUGGGCAGCUGUCUGGGGGUCUGCAGGCAUCAGUCAUCUCCAACAUAGUGCUGAUGAAGGGCCAAGCAAAGGGCCUGGGCUUCAGCAUUGUUGGGGGAAAGGACAGCAUUUAUGGCCCUAUUGGGAUUUAUGUGAAGAGCAUCUUUGCAGGGGGAGCAGCUGCAGCUGAUGGGCGGCUUCAGGAAGGUGAUGAAAUUCUGGAACUCAAUGGUGAAUCAAUGGCUGGCCUAACACACCAGGAUGCUUUGCAGAAGUUUAAGCAAGCCAAGAAGGGGCUGCUGACUCUGACAGUGAGGACCCGCCUGACAACACCUCCUUCAUUAUGCAGCCACCUGUCACCCCCUCUGUGCCGCUCCCUGAGCUCCAGCACAUGUGGUGCCCAGGACAGCAGCCCCUUCUCCUUGGAAAGCCCAGCGUCUCCUGCCAGCACUGCCAAAUCCAACUACAGAAUCAUGGUGGAGGUGUCUUUGAAGAAAGAGGCAGGUGUUGGCCUUGGGAUUGGUCUGUGCAGCAUCCCCUACUUCCAGUGCAUCUCAGGCAUCUUUGUUCACACACUGUCACCAGGAUCCGUGGCACAUCUCGAUGGACGGCUGAGGUGUGGUGAUGAGAUUGUGGAAAUCAAUGAUUCUCCCGUGCACUGCAUGACCCUCAAUGAAGUCUACACAAUCCUGAGCCACUGUGACCCUGGCCCAGUUCCCAUCAUCGUAAGCCGACAUCCAGACCCACAGGUUUCUGAACAGCAACUCAAGGAAGCUGUGGCUCAGGCCGUGGAAGGCAUCAAGUUUGGGAAGGACAGGCACCAGUGGAGCUUGGAAGGUGUCAAAAGGCUGGAGAGCAGCUGGCAUGGGAGGCCCACGUUGGAGAAAGAACGUGAGAAGCACUCAGCGCCCCCACAUCGAAGGGCCCAGAAGAUCAUGGUCCGAUCCAGUAGUGACAGCAGCUACAUGUCUGGGUCACCAGGGGGAAGUCCCUGCAGUGCAGGUGCGGAGCCAUCGCCUUCUGAGAGGGAAGGCAGCACACACAGUCCCAGCCAGCCCCCAGGGGAGGAGCAAGAGCCGAGUCCAGGGGUCCCACCCAGGCCUCAUCAGGAGAGCCCACCCCUUCCUGAGAGCUUGGAAAGAGACAGCCACCCACCACUGAGGCUGAAGAAAUCUUUUGAGAUUUUGGUGAGAAAGCCGACAUCCUCCAAACCCAAGCCUCCACCCAGAAAAUACUUUAAAAAUGACAGCGAGCCUCAGAAGAAACUGGAGGAGAAAGAGAAGGUCACAGACCCUUCUGGGCACACCUUGCCCACCUGCAGCCAGGAAACCAGAGAGCUGCUGCCGCUGCUGCUACAGGAAGACACUGCAGGGAGAACCCCUUGCACCGCUGCCUGCUGCUCAGGACCUGCAGCCAGUACGCAGACUUCAUCCUCCACAGAUGGAGAGCCAAGGAGGAGUGCCAGCCCAGAGACUCCAGCAUCCCCAGGAAAACACCCGCUGCUGACGAGGCAGGCACGGAUGGACUAUAGCUUUGAUACCACUGCUGAAGACCCUUGGGUUAGAAUUUCUGACUGCAUCAAAAACUUAUUUAGCCCGAUCAUGAGUGAGAACCGUAGCCAUAUGCCACUACAGCCCAACAGCAGCCUUGGUGAAGAGGAUGGGACACAGGGCCACCCAGAGGGGGACCUGUCAAAAAUGGACACUGCCAAUGGUGCUCCCAGAGUUUACAAGCCAGCAGAUGGCAGCACUGUGAAGAAGGGGCCCCCUGUAGCCCCCAAACCAGCUUGGUUUCGGCAGAGCUUGAAAGGUCUGAGGAAUCAUGCCCCAGACUCCAGAAGACCCCCAGAAGUAGCCUCAGCCAUUCAGCCAACACCAGUUUCUAGGGACCCCCCAGGGCCACAGUCUCAGGCCUCCUCCUCCAUCAGGCAGAGAAUCAGCUCCUUUGAAAACUUUGGCUCCUCACAAUUGCCAGAUAGAGGAGUCCAGAGACUGAGUCUGCAGCCCAGCUCCGGGGAGACUACCAAACUUCCAGGAAAGCAAGAUGGGGGCCGCUUUUCUGGUCUCCUGGGUCAAGGGGCUACAGUAACUGCUAAGCACAGGCAGACAGAGGUAAAGCCUAUGUCCACAACCUUCCCUAACUCCUCAGAGGUCAGGGACCCAGGUGUGUCUGAGUCUCCUCCUCCAGGUCCACGACCCAGCCCAAAAGCUUUGUCUCCAGAUCCCCUCUUGAGACUGUUGACUACACAAACUGAGGAUACUCAAGGACCAGGCCUCAAGAUGCCAAGUCAACGGGCACGCAGCUUCCCCCUGACCAGGACCCAGUCCUGCGAGACAAGGCUGCUGGAUGAGAAGGCCAGUAAGCUUUAUUCCAUCAGCAGCCAGCUGUCAUCUGCUGUCAUGAAAUCCCUGCUGUGCCUUCCAUCUUCAGUCUCUUGUGGCCAGAUCACCUGCAUCCCCAAGGAGAAGGUGUCUCCAAAGUCACCUUGCAACAACAGCACAGCUGCAGAGGGGUUUGGUGAAGCCGUGGCCUCUGACACAGGGUUCUCUCUCAACCUUUCAGAGCUGAGAGAAUAUUCAGAAGGUCUCACAGAGCCCGGGGAACCCGAGGACAGGAACCACUGUUCUUCUCAGGCUGGCCAGUCAGUUAUCUCCUUGCUGAGCGCAGAAGAACUGAAAAAACUCAUUGAGGAAGUGAGAGUCCUAGACGAGGCGACAUUGAAGCAAUUAGACAGCAUUCACGUCACCAUCUUACACAAGGAAGAAGGUGCUGGCCUUGGCUUCAGCUUGGCAGGAGGGGCAGAUCUAGAAAACAAGGUGAUCACGGUUCACAGAGUGUUUCCAAAUGGGCUGGCUUCCCAGGAAGGCACAAUUCAGAAAGGCAAUGAGGUUCUUUCCAUCAAUGGCAAAUCUCUCAAGGGCGCUACCCACAACGAUGCCCUAGCUAUCCUUCGCCAAGCUCGGGACCCAAGGCAAGCUGUGAUUGUCACCAGGAGGGCAACUGUGGAGGCCACUCAAGACCUGAACUCCUCUACUGACUCUGCAGCAUCAGCUUCAGCAGCCAGUGACAUUUCUGUAGACUCUAAGGAGGCCACUGUCUACACAGUGACACUGGAGAAGACCUCCGCAGGGCUGGGCUUCAGCCUGGAGGGUGGAAAGGGCUCCCUGCAUGGUGACAAGCCUCUUACCAUAAACAGGAUUUUCAAAGGGACAGAACAAGGUGAGAUGGUCCAGCCAGGGGAUGAGAUCUUGCAGCUCGCUGGCACUGCUGUGCAAGGUCUUACACGGUUUGAAGCCUGGAAUGUCAUCAAGGCAUUACCUGAUGGACCUGUCACUAUAGUCAUCAGGAGGAAUGGCUUCCACUGCAAGCAAACAGCUUCUGCAGACUUGUAGACAGGACGCCAAUGCUGAGACAAAGCAGGAGCACGAAGCUCCAGUAAUUGCAGAUUCUCAGGGUCUCUGCUGCCCACCUCACCCAGGCUGGGGAAAGCACAGGUGUGCUUUUGGUAGCUGCUGCUCAGGUUUGGACCUUCUGGCACACUGCCCAUCAAGAGGGUUAUUCCAAAUGUCAGGACCGAGUCACUCAGAGGUGGCUGACACAAACCAUAGACUGUAUAUAGACAGCUUAGUGAUAAUACUCUGGCGCUGUAAUAAAAUGGUUGUAUUGCA